AUGAGUAGCAAUAAUAUUAUAUGUUCAAUUUCAAUUUCAAUUUCAAUUUAUCAAACUACAAUUAUCUUCUAUCCUUUUAAUAUAUUUUUAAAAAAACAAAAAAGAGCUAUGACGAUGUUAUUAAAUGGUUUCAAUGAAUGUUUAUUUGCAUCCUUAUAUAUAACAUUUUGUCUUUUAAUAUUCUAUUUCACCAAUCCACCUCCAACUAGCCUCAACCAAAAAUAUCUUACAAUUGACACUACACUACUUUCUUUCAUUUCAACCAAUCAUUGUUCCAAUAUUAAUUAUCAUCCAAUAACAACAACUACAACAAUCAACAACAAUAAUUCACCUGACAACAACAAUAAUAAUUAA